GUCGAUCGAGGUGUUUGUGGUUGAAACCCCGCAGGGAAGAGGAGUCUGAAGGUGGACCUCAUAAGCCGGUGAAGGGGCUGUUUGGGUCUAACCCCUCUCUCCUCCCUUCCACCACCAUCCCCCUGUUUAUUUCCAUUCCAAAUCGCUCAGCUAUGGUCAAGGCUGUUUCCGAGACCCAGACUAAGACCGCCACAAAGUCGGCGAAUGUCAAGCCAAGGGCUGGAGGCGGAAAGCGUGCCCCGAGCGCAUAUAACAAGUAUGUCUCCGAUCACCUCAAGCAAUGGCGCGACGAGCACCCCGACCGUCCUGUCAAGGAAGCCAUGAGUGCUGUCGCUGCUCAAUGGCAUGACGCUCCCGAGAAUCCGAAUCGCGGCCAGGAGCCCAAGAGGAGAACUAAGAAGGCUCCCACAGAGAAGCCUGCGGCUGCUCCCCGUGCUACUAGGAAAGCACCUGUCGCCGAUGAGAGUGAAGAAGUCGUUGAGGGAAGUGAUUAACUGUCUCUGUGGUUACUGUGUCCUAUCGCACGCUUACGAUAAUAUCGUCCAUUCGCCUUGCUCUAUAUAUACCUCCUUGCUUUGACAACGCAUGUGUAUAAAUAGUGUACCUUCAGCCUGUAACUUUAGCGAACUCUUGUUCUGUACCCAUAUUUUUCCAUUGAUCCGAAUACGUAUUACCUUCUAAUUGACGAUAACCACCUCUUGAUCAGAUAAAUACGGAAUUCACGACUGAGGUUC